AUGCUUCGCUGCAUGACCGCUCCGUUCCAGCGCGAUGUCGACAUUGUCGACGAUCGAAAUGAUCAGGACAGGGAGAGCGCUGAGGAGGAGGAUAAAGUGAGUCAACCGAGCGCAAAUGAGAUGACUGACCAGAGCCCAGACUCGGCCGCAACCGAUGAACCUGCCUUCGGUGAGCGCGUGACACCCGUAGAUGAGAUUGAUACGAGCGCCAUCACCGGUCUACGCGCCAUCACGGCUCUUCAGAUAGCGUGCGGACACUGGUUGCUUUUCUUCGGAAAUAACUCGAAUCCAUACUUGGACUUUCAGGGUGGUAUUGCCGUGAGCAUCUUUUUUCUGAUCACCGGGUUCGUCAUGUACAUUGCUUACCACGAAAAGGUACAGUCGGCUCGGUUCCAGUACUGGGAUUUCAUCAAAACACGAUACAUCCGCAUGCUUCCGUUGCACUGGUUUGCGCUCGCGUGGUACGCACCUUUCAUCGCGCUUAAUUACAGAACGAUAGUGAACGAUUACAACUUUUGGCAAAACAAGAGCGGCGAGAUCAACCUCAUCAUGGGAAUCGCUCUCACUCCCUUUCUGAUGCAGUCGUGGGUGUUCUCACUGUGCUACUGGAAUUCCGUGUGCUGGAGCCUGAGUUGUCAGCUCGGGUAUUACUUUUGUUUCCCGUGGAUGACACGCAAACUCAAUAUACUGAUGUCAAAAGUUGAUGAGAAAGUAUCGUCUGAUUUCCAAGAAGAUCCCGAGAAUAGAGUUAGCGACGUCGACCGAUUCGAUGCCAUCCAAAAGUCUUGCCGAAAGUAUUUGUGGUACGCCUACCACGCUUCUUACAUGGCGCCGUUGAGUCUGAUGGGAGCGAUGAAUUCGCCCGCGUUUCGCAACAUGUGGCGAGAUGCCGACAUGGAUUCUCGAGCGCACGUCGUCGUCACCGCGCUUGAUAACGAUUUAGAUGGCAUGCGUGCGUACUUUUGCGGCCGAGCGUGGUUUCCCGUACGACUUCCCAUAUUUUUCAUGGGUAUGUUGCUUGGCGCAAUGCGUCUGCGUUUGGCGCGUCGCGGCGUCACGCCGAACACCGAGCGGGUCUGGGCCAGGUUCACCGAUUGUUUCAGCUUCGCCUUCAGUCUUUGGCUCAUAGCCUGCAUCACCGCCUCCGGUCUCGUCGCUGAUUCCAAGAACAUCCGCAUCUUCAACGAGUUCUUCCUCACCGCUCCAUGCGCAUUUUGGCUCUACGGUCUCACCGUCACUCGAAAGUCCUUCACCGUUACCUUCCUUAGAAACCCGGUGAUGCAGUCCAUAGGCUCGUGGUCUUUCGCCAUGUACCUUCUCCAGUUCCCCCUCUUCACCUCCUGGGCCGCUCUGGAGUACGACACCUGGCGCGUAUUUCCCGAGUGCGACCGCUCGUCGCCCGACGUCAAGGUCUGGGCCGACUGCUUCCACAACUUCGACGCGAGCACGUCGCACCCCAACGUCGUCGUCAUCGGCUUUUUAUUUUUUCUCACCAUUCUCAGCUUCGUGGUGCACCACGCAAUCGAGAAACCGGGAUCGAGAUUCCUCGCCAGGCUCCUGCGGCGACGCUCUAAGUGA